AUGAACGGCGGUGUUGCCUUUGGUGCAAGCCAAUCGUUUCCUCAGGGAUCUGCUGGCACGAGCAGUUCUUUCAACUUUCAGCCUCCGCAGGCGAGCUCCUUUACCUUUGGUGCGCCUUCCGACACACCUAAUCCCUUUGCAAAUGUGAAUGGAUCUGUGGACGCGCAUGAUGUCUCGAUGGAGUCACCUCAGAAGAAACCUGGGUUUGGGAGUGCUUUUGGAUCGAACAACUUUACAUUUGGCCACCCGGCAGGACAACAGUCGAAUGCCCCCUUCAAUUUUGGUGGAACUCAAACUGCAAAUACAAACGGUACGAGUGUGUUCGGGCAACCUUCGAAGCCCCCAGAGGCCCUUGCUGCAUCGAAUCCUUUUGGACAGCCUUCCCAGUCCCGGAAUCUAUUUGGCGGGUUCGGUCAGUCGUCAUCGACUGCACAAUCUCAGACACCAGCGUUCAGUUUCGGCCAAACCACUUCGGUUCCACAAAGUCCUCUUCCAGCGUUCGGAACUAAACAGGGUCCUGAUACGCAACCUCCAACCCCCAAAUUCACCUUUGGGCAAACCAGUACUACUCCACAGAGUCAAGGCACUGGACUCUUUGGCUCAACGGCGCCCGCUACCCAAAGUAGUGGCACCAGUAUGUUUGGUUCUACCCCAAAUCAAACGUCCAUGACUGGAUUCUCACCUUCAACAAACUCGGUUGUCCAUUCUUUUGGAGAAACUUCAGCACAGCUUCCUUCGACAAGCAAUUCCUUUGCUACCCUCGGCGCCGCGAAAGGAGAAGAGCCCAAACCCGCCACUUCCUUGUUUGGUGCUGUGAAAACUUCUCAGCCCGCAGCCGAGCCGCAGCAAAAACCUUCGUCUCUAGAGAAGCUAGCUGCUCCGGGAUCCGAUGCGCAGCCUGCUAAUCCUUUUGCUGGUCUCUUUGCUGGUGCGAGUGCUUCCACUGCAGCCGCUCCUGCGUCAAAACCCAUAUUCAACCUUGGGUCAACAAGUCAGACAGCCACCCCCCCCACCGGGAAGCAAGAAACAACCAUGACGAAGUCUCCAUUCAGCUUUGGUGAAACGGCUCAACCCAAACCGGCCGCCGGGGAAUCUAAAUUCAAAUUCUCAAGCGCGGCGUUCAAAUUCGGCUCAACGAUGCCAACGACGGGGCCGACUACGUCAGGCUUCUUUGGGAGAGCUGCAGGUGCUGAUAAGUCAGCCCCUCAACCGGAGGCUCCCAAGGCUGGUUUUCCGAAGGCACCAGCACCGGAAGAUGCUGCUCAGAAAUCAUUGUCCGGCUUUCCCCCCCCAUCGAAGCCCGACUCUGCUGGGGCAAUAUUUUCGCCUGCUAAAGCGCUGCAGGACGGCAAGGUUGCAGGUGGGACACUGUUUAGCAAGCUAAGUAGUGCUGUUGAGACUUCAGCUCAACCACCAUUCAAUGUACAACCCAAGCCUGCACAGGAGAGCAGUCAGCCGCAAGCAGCGACAACGAGUCUGUUCCCUAGUGCACCUAAAGCCGCAGUGGAUAGAAGUGGAACCUCUACAGAGGCAACCCGCCCUCAGCCGCCUUCGAGUCCUACCUUAUUCGGUGGUCCGUCGCGGCCAGAGCCUCAAGAACCUCAGGCUGCACAAAAGUUUUCGUCCACUUCCGCUGCCUUCUCCACCACAACCGCUCAAGCUGGUCAGCCUCCAGCUGUGAAGCCAAGCUUAUCUGCAGGGACCGUAGGCGUCCCAGCACAAAAGCCUCUUGAAAAUGCGGAGGAGUCUGCCACGAUUUCGGAACCCGUGAAAAGACCAGUGUACACCAAAGCUCCGUCCCGCGUUCCCGGCCACACGACUCCCGAACAGUUCCAGGAGUUUGACCGAGACUACCGUCUUCAUUCGCUGAACUACGGUCUCCAGAAGAAGCUAGCCACCCUAGACCCCAGCUCGCAAGACUUUGACAAUAUCAUCCGGCAUUAUGUAGCUGCGCGUGACAGCAUUGGCGCAUCAUUGGGGUUGUUCGUGCGCAAUGUUGCAGGAACGAAACGAAAGGCUGAUCAGGUCGAUGAUCGCGAACAAGAAUCUGAGCAGAACAAGAGGACCCGAGAAACAACCUUACCAAAAGCGACCAUGUUUGGCUCGCAACCCAACCCUGUAUCAUCUGGUUCAAUCCUUCCUAAGGCAAAUAAUUCUGCAGCUGGCCAUCAGGCGCCUUCGACGGCGGUUGAAAUGCUCAAGGACAAGACCGCUGGGUUUGGGUCAAACAGCAUGCCUGGGGCCUCGCUAGCCACUACCACAGGGUUCAAGCCAAAUGCAACCCCCUUUUCAGGGUUUACUGUGACAUCCGCUGCAAGUGCUAAUCCUUUCUCCCAACUCAAUCAGUCAACAAACUUACCCUCGUCUGCGCCUUCGACAACUCCAACGAAGUCACCGCCAAAGAAACCGACCUUCGAAGUGCCGAAAUUCGGAGGCGGCAGCACAAACUUCCUUGCUGCGUUUGGCCAGAAGGCAAAGGAAAGUGCCGACAAGUUCGAGAAAGAUCUGAUUGAAAAGCGCAAGGCCGAGGAGUUCGAUUCAGAUGAGGAUGACGAGGAAACAUUCCGCAAACGAAUCGAAGAGGAAAGCCGAGCAAAGAAGGCAAAAAUCGAUGCUGUUGCAAAGGGAGGUUUUAAACCGACGUUCAGGCUUAGUACGACUGCUGAGCCGCCGAAGGAGAAAGAUGCUACCAAGUCUUCUUUCGCCAGUUUCGCCCCUUCAUCCUCAACUAAUUCUUUCUCUGCGCUCACGUCCAAAGCUGCUUUCGCAGAACAAUCAGAAGUUGCAGAGGCAGACGAAAAUGAGGGUAGCAGGUCGAGCAAUGAUCAGGCCGAACAUAGUGGCGAAGAACAGACUGAUAGUGACAGCAACAGCGAGGAAGGGGGGGAGUCCGAAGAUGCCCUUCCUGAAGAUGAAGUUGCCGAAGCAAACGAAGAGGAAGAGGAUGAAGACGACAAUGAUCUGCAGGCUGCCAUGGAUAGGGCAAGACGCAACCCAAAUGCUGGAAAAAGCUUGUUCGAGCGCAUUGGGCCAAAUCCGAAUAGAGAGAAAGUGGCAACAACAAAUGGAGAGAAAAAUGAGCCCGAAGAAGGUUCACCUCCUAUCAUGCAGUCAGCGAAGAACUCCUCGUCUCGCCCAUCGAUCUGGGAAUCGCACAUCGGCAAAUCGACACCUGAACAACCGUCGUCGCUUUCUCCAUUCGGCUCUUCCACUGGUGCAUCCACCCUCAAACCUGCGAGUGGAUUUCAUUUUACUCCAUCAGCAGCAAGUGCGACACCCACCCCCGGUCCAGGCACUUCUAUCUUUUCUGGUGGAGCUACCAAACAGGGUCCAGUUCCAGGAGAGGGUUUGUUUGGCUCUCGACCGAGUACGCCGAGCAACGCAGACAAGAACGGCGGCCUCGCCAAGUCAGUUCUCACUUCUCCAGCAGGGACCGACAACACCUGGAAAGAAGGUGCACCUAUCUCGUUCGCAAACGGGGAAAAGCCCACAAGUGCCCCCAUUCUCAAAUUCACGGCACCGUCCCCAGGAGAGGAGAGGGAGACGGCUACCUCAAGGCCACUCAGUACUCUCUUUGGCACAAGUGCUCCAGGCUCGAGAGGCUCAGAAACCCCAAACUUGGGUUUUCAAUUUGGAGCGCCAACUCCCUCACCAGCACCUGGCUACUUGGGCGCAAUUUCUCAUCUAGGAAGUGGUUCUGUGGCUAGUUCGGUUGUCUCGUCUCGUGCCACCUCACCUGGCCUGACGGACAACGAGUCCGUUGCUACGAAUGAGACCGAGGAGAGCACCGAAGAUCCGCAAACUUCGCUAAUGGACUCAAGAGCAGGAGAAGAAAACGAGAGUUGUCUCUGGGAAGGCCGGUCCAAAGCCCUUAUGUUUGUCAACAAGGAAACCGCAAAGGGGACCAAAUACAUCCCAAACGACUGGAACUCAAUGGGCGUGGGACAAAUCCGAGUCCUCAGAAACAAGGAGACCAGUAAGACCCGCGUGGUGUUCCGCGUGGAACCGAGCGCCAAUAUCCUUUUCAAUUCUCAUCUUGUCGGGAGCACAAACUAUGAGAGCGUCCCGAGUAAUAAGAGUGGUGCAGUGAGAGGAGCGCUGAUGUAUAAGGGGAGUCUUACACGAUUGGUAUUCAAAUUGAAAACGCCGGAGAUGGCGAAUGAGUUAGCGAAGAUUCUGGAGCAGAACAAAAGUGCUUAA